CAUCCUGUAAAUUCAGUAGUAGGGUUUUUCUUUGUUUAAGGGAUUGAUUUCAUGUGAAGCAGCCAACCAGCUGCAUACACAGAGAACUAGACAAGUGUGUUUCUUUCUUUCUUUCUUUCUUUCUUUGAGAGCCAAACUGAUGGAUUCAUACGCUAUUCAUCUAGCGAUGGCGGCUCUAGUUGGAGCUUCAUUCGUGGCUGUAUCAGCCUUCUACAUGCAUCGGAAAACCUUAAACCAGUUACUGGAGUUUGCCAAGACGGUAGAAAGGGAAAGAGAGAGAGAAGAAGAAGAAGCCGAAGAUGAGUUAGGAAAGGCUGAGUCGCCUCAACAUUCUAAGAAGUACGUCGAUAAGCGACGAAAUCACGGCAGGAAAAAAGGAAACGCCAGUUAUAGGCGAGCUUCCGCGUCCUUACCGGACGUGACGGCGUUGUCUGGCUAUGCUGAUGAAAAUGGUCGACGGAAUGGAACCCUUCAAGUUGAUGGCAUUCCUGCUGCUGGGCUGUUGCCCAAAGGGUAUAAUAAGUUACCUGAAGAGAAAUCUAUUGGAAUGACAAGAAGAACUGCAAGUCUAAUUAGACCAACUUCUCCCAAAUCUCCUGUUGCCAGUGCUUUUGAAAGUGUGGAAGGAUCAGACGAUGAAGAUAACAUAACUGAUACUGGCAAGCUAGAUGAUCAAUAUAUCCACACCAAUGGAGAUGGUCCAGAAAAUAAUAGCUUGUUCCAGGAGUUGCCAGAUGGCCCUAAUGUCAACAGAGAGGAACUGCCUAUAGUUGCGUCCAGUAUGAUUCGUUCACAUAGUGUGUCUGGUGACUUGCAUGGAGUACAACCCGAUCCUGUCGCAGCAGACAUUCUUAGGAAGGAACCAGAGCACGAGACUUUUGUACGACUCAAGAUUUCUCCAACAGAACGGCCUACACCUGAAGAAGAGGAUGUGUAUAAGAGCUUGGCAGCUUGUCUUGAAUUACGUGAGAGUUAUGUAUUUAGGGAAGCUGUUUCCCCUUGGGAGAAAGAAAUCAUAUCUGAUCCUAGCACUCCAAAACCUAAUCCGAAUCCAUUUGGUUUUACUUCUGAAGGGAAAUCUGAUCAUUAUGUUCAGAUGGAAGAUGGAGUUGUUCAUGUUUAUGCCAAUAAGGACUCAAAAGAAAAGCUAUUCCCUGUUGCUGAUGCGACAACCUUUUUCACUGACCUGCAUCAUAUUCUUAAAGUAAUAGCAGCUGGGAAUAUCCGGACUUUGUGCCAUCAUAGAUUGGUUCUGCUAGAGCAGAAAUUCAAACUUCACCUGAUGCUUAAUGCGGAUAGGGAAUUUCUAGCUCAGAAAAGUGCUCCACAUAGAGACAUUUAUAAUGUCAGGAAAGUUGAUACACAUGUUCAUCACUCAGCAUGUAUGAAUCAAAAACAUCUUCUGAGGUUUAUAAAGUCCAAGUUGAGGAAGGAGCCUGAUGAGGUUGUGAUAUUUCGAGAUGGAACAUAUCUGACUUUGAAGGAAGUCUUUGAGAGUCUGGAUUUGACUGGGUAUGACUUGAAUGUUGAUCUCUUAGAUGUUCACGCGGAUAAAAGCACUUUUCAUCGUUUUGACAAAUUCAAUCUGAAGUAUAAUCCCUGUGGUCAAAGUAGGCUGAGGGAGAUCUUCCUUAAACAAGACAAUCUUAUCCAGGGGCGUUUCCUUGCUGAAUUGACAAAACAAGUUUUCUCAGACCUUUCUGCAAGCAAAUAUCAGAUGGCUGAAUAUAGGAUAUCAAUAUAUGGCCGAAAGAUGAGCGAGUGGGAUCAGAUGGCUAGUUGGAUAGUGAACAAUGAAUUGUACAGUGAGAAUGUUGUUUGGUUGAUUCAGCUUCCCAGGUUGUAUAAUAUAUACAAGGAUAUGGGAAUCGUCACAUCAUUCCAGAACAUUCUUGACAAUAUCUUUCUUCCUCUAUUUGAAGUUACUGUUGAUCCAGAUUCACAUCCUCAGUUACACGUCUUCUUGAAACAGGUUGUUGGGUUGGAUUUAGUGGAUGAUGAAAGCAAGCCUGAAAGACGCCCUACAAAACACAUGCCAACUCCAGACCAAUGGACUAAUAUAUUUAACCCUGCAUUUUCAUACUAUGCCUAUUAUUGUUAUGCAAACCUUUACACUCUAAACAAGCUCCGUGAGUCCAAGGGUAUGACAGUUAUCAAAUUCCGUCCACAUUCCGGGGAGGCUGGUGAUAUUGACCAUCUUGCUGCAACGUUUCUUACUGCUCAUAAUAUUGCACAUGGAAUCAAUUUGAGAAAAUCUCCUGUUCUUCAAUACUUAUACUACCUUGCACAGAUUGGUUUGGCCAUGUCUCCUUUGAGCAACAACUCCUUGUUUCUGGAUUAUCAUCGUAACCCUCUUCCAAUGUUUUUCUUGCGUGGUCUCAAUGUUUCCCUUUCUACUGAUGAUCCCUUGCAAAUUCACUUGACAAAGGAACCCCUUGUGGAAGAAUACAGUAUAGCUGCUUCAGUCUGGAAGCUGAGCUCGUGUGACUUGUGUGAAAUUGCUCGCAAUUCGGUCUAUCAGUCCGGUUUCUCUCAUGUUCUGAAGUCUCACUGGAUCGGAAAGGAAUACUACAAGAGAGGACCAGAUGGGAAUAAUAUUCACAGGACUAAUGUGCCUCAUAUUCGGCUAGAAUUCCGAGAAAUGGUAUGGAAAGAAGAGAUGCAGCAGGUUUAUUUGGGAAUGCCCAGUUUUCCCCAAUUCAUUGACCCGUAAAAUCAUUCUAGCAGUGUUCUGGUGGUUAUGUAUAUGCUUCAGAGGACACGAAUUUCUGCUCAUUACAUGAUAAAUCAGACACUUUAAAAUGAAUGGGCCAAGAGCCAUUGUUUGGUAAAGGUGAGACACUACACCUUAUUAUAUGACUGGGAUCGGCUGAAUGGAAAGAUUUUUGUCGCGAGAUUUAUAAGAGAGUGAGAAUUAUAUAGACAUACAUAACUAAUUAUGUAAUGAAUGAUGAGUAUGUGUAUAAUAAACUUUCUUGCUAGGCUGGUUAUGUAUCAAUAGACAUACAUACCAAAGGAGAAGAAAGAAAAUAGUUUUCUUCAGCUUUGGUGUUCAUCAAGGUUUGAUCUCACUUAUUACUAUAUGAUAUGUGGUGGAGAAAAUUGGUCAAGGGAAGAAGACUAUGAAAAAAAACUUUUUAUCUUUUUUUUACAUUGUUUUAGUUGAUUAUAUUUGGUUAUUAU